CUGAAAAAAAAAACACACACCGUCCAGAAAACCCACCGACGGGGCAAGUUUGGAGUGUUUGUAGCCUCCGUUCGCCGCUUCAAACCUCUUUAAAAACACACAAAAAACUACCAGAAAACACCCCCGAAAGACUCCAGGGCUGACACCGACAUGUCGCCCACGGACAGGAGCAGUUUGUCCUCGGAGGGGAAGCUGGGAAAGUACGGGGUGAAAGCGGAGAGCCCAGCUGAGUGAGAGUGGGGUGAGGAGGCUGGGUUUGGCAAAACUCGGGAGUCCUGCCCUGCUGCUAUGCUAGCAGGCUAGUUAGCAUGCUAACACUCUUCUCCGCUAGCUCGGCUUCCCUGCGCCGUUCUCCAGCCUGUGAUUCUCCAGGGGAGCUGCUUUAUCUGUGGCAAGACCACUGCUGACAUUGCAGCUUCUCCCAAUGGAUCCAAGUAGAGUUGAUGAUCUCAUUUUCUGUGGAAGUUCUGCAUGAGUCCCGAGGAUAACUUUGCAUUUGUCUUGAAGGCAACAACUUGUGUUAGAGGAGCUCCAGAUGCACCGAUCCCCUCCCAUCCCCGAUCAGUCAUUUCUGCGCCAUACUGACUGAACUCGUGCAGUUUUCUCUAUAUAUUGUGAGAUGGAACCCUAGUAGGUUCUUCAAGGGGCUUGUGGUACCCUCUGGUUAAAGAAGACUGCAAUAAAAAAACAAGCAGAACGUACUGAAGGUGUUGGGACACGUUUGCUCAAAAUGUAUUCAUGAACUCCUGAGAGCUUCUAAAGCGGACUCAUGAGAUGUGACUGCUGAUGCCGGCUCAUUGGGACUUGAGCGUUAUUCAUGAACCCUCUGUCUGAGUGUGGCUGCAGCUUGGAUGGUGGAUGUCCUGAGUGUGUCCAAUCAGCUGUUGCGGUGAUGAGGCAGGGCUGCUGGUGGCCUGUGUGGCUGGCUGGGCAGCGGCCCAACGUGAUGUGAUGUGAUGGGGUGCCGGAACAGUAAGGUCCUCCCUGAGCCUCCAGGGGACGUUCAGUUGGACCUGGUCAAAAAGGUUGAUCCUCCCCAACCUCCUCAGACAGAUAUCUAUAAGCACUUCAUACGAGGGGAUGGCACUGGAAGCAAGAUGGGCAUUGCCUGUGGAGGUUCAGGCGACAAGGCCGCCUCCACAUCCCCAUAUCAAGCCCAGGCACAAGCAGCCACUCCCACCGCUUCAGCGGCGCCUCCUAAGGACCCGUCUGAACUGUCGGACCCUCAGCGGAAGAAGGUGGCCAAAUACCGAGCCAAGUUCGACCCACGGGUCACGGCCAAGUACGACAUCAAAGCUCUGAUAGGUCGCGGGAGUUUCAGUCGGGUGGUUCGAGUGGAGCACAAGAGCACGCGGCAGCCGUAUGCCAUCAAGAUGAUCGAGACUCGAUACCGGGAGGGCAGGGAGGUGUGCGAGUCGGAGCUGUGUGUCUUGCGUCGGGUCCGUCACACAAAUAUAAUCCAGCUGAUGGAGGUGUUUGAGACGGCGGAGCGAGUGUACAUGGUGAUGGAGCUGGCCACCGGAGGGGAGCUCUUCGACCGGAUCAUCGCUCGUGGCUCCUUCACAGAGCGAGACGCCACCAGGGUCCUGCAGAUGGUGCUGGACGGUGUCAAGUACCUCCACACUUUGGGGAUCACGCACCGAGACCUGAAGCCGGAGAACCUGCUCUACUACCACCCAGGGGCCGACUCCAAGAUCAUCAUCACCGACUUUGGUUUGGCCAGCAGCAGGAAGAAGGGCGACGAGUGUCUGAUGAAGACCACCUGCGGCACGCCGGAGUACAUCGCCCCUGAGAUCCUGGUGAGAAAGCCCUAUACGAACGCAGUGGACAUGUGGGCGCUGGGGGUGAUAUCGUACAUCCUGCUGAGCGGAACGAUGCCCUUCGAGGAUGACAACCGCAUGAGGCUCUACCGGCAGAUCCUGAAGGGGAAGUACAGCUUCUCCGGAGAGCCGUGGCCCAGCGUGUCCAACCUGGCCAAAGACUUUGUGGAGCGAAUCCUCACGGUGGACCCCAGCGAGCGUCUGACGGCCGGCCAGGCCCUCAAGCACCCCUGGAUCGUCAGCAUGGCGGCCUCCUCGUCCAUGAAGAACCUCCAGCGCUGCAUCUCCCAGAACCUGCUGAAGCGGGCGUCCUCGCGCUGCCACAGCACCAAGUCGGCCCAGUCCACCCGCUCCAGCCGCUCCACCAAGUCCAACAAGGCCCGGCGGGUGCGCGAGAAGGAGCUUCGCGAGCUGAACCGUCGCUAUCAGCAGCAGUACAACGGCUGAAACUUGGACCGGAACUGUAGCGGACCGUGCAGUUUAUGAAGGAAGCAGCGCGACGAUGACUGAGUCCUUACAAAGACUUCCACCACUCUAAGAUGCUGUCAGUGUUAGAGGCCAAAAAGUGGCUUAUUGCUUUAAAAACAAAGACAAUGACUGGAUUCACGGCUGCAGAAGUCGAAAAUGUAACCGCAGCUGCUGCCAUGAAGACUGUAAAAGAAGUCGAAAAAGACAAUGCACUCGCAUGGCAGCAAACAAACCAGUAAAGCAUUGAGCUGCAUCAUCUCCAUCCACUCCUUUGCUGUUCAGCAGGAUGGUUCCUUCCACUCCUUUCUUCCCUCGUGUUCUUUCAAUCCCUGUGUUGCUACGUAUUUAUUUAUUAUUGUUGAUGAUUCGUCUCCAUUCAAACGGUCACUGGAUAAUGACCUUCCACAAGAUCUGUUGAACAGAGUUCUGGAUACUGACGUUUCUAAGAAGGAGGAGAUUCUUUCGAGGAUGGGGGAACCAAACUCCCCUCUCGCCUCGUUUCUGAUUUGUCUGAAAAAUUGCUGUGAAUUUAUUGUUGUACUAAUUGUACAGACCUUAUCUUAAGAUGUGGGUAAUCAUAUCACACUGCAACAUAAUCACACCUUGGAAGGCCAAAAUGAAGGCGUUUUGUUUUUGUUUUGUUUUAGUCGAUUCUAAGCUUAUCUGAUCUUGCCAAUAUUUCUCUGUCAGUAUUCUACAACAGUUCUAAAACAGACUGUGAAGCUGUUUAAACUUAAGUGUGUUUUAUUAGACAAUAAUAGGCCACACGACCCCAUUCCUAGUCAUUUUACUUUCUUAUAAAGGACCAGCUGUGAGUCCUCUUCAUUUUUCUUUAUAAUGAUUUAUGACCCGUCAGUUUUAUUGUUUGUAACAGUGGCACAUGUUCUCAGAUAUCUUAGUUACAGUCAGUGGUUGCAUCAGCUCUUUGUAAAUUCAAAUUUGUAGCAAUCUAAAUUGUCAAAUUUAUUCCGGAUAGAGGGGAAAAACAUAAAAAUAAAAACUCAUAUCACCCUGAAACUUCCCCAGUUGUUGACCUAAAUUAGGUCAAUUUUUUUUUUCUGGUGCAGGUUUUCUAAAAUGGUAUGUUUAAAUAUGCAAAUGAUGCAUCAUCUGAAUGAAAAUACACUAAUCUGCAUUAAUUUCCAAAACAGAAGUCCAAACGAUGAAGUUGAAAGUUCUUGCUUCAUAUUUAAACACAGGGACUUUGGAUCACCCUUUUUAUAAGUCUAUAAAUCAGAAAAUACUGUAGACAGGCAUGAGAAAUAAAUUUUCAUUAUGUUUUCAGGCAUAAAAUGCUCCAUAAAUCAGACCGUGAACGAUAUAUGAACAAGCCACUCUGUGCAAACCUUUAGAAUGUAUGUGAAUUGCAAAAAAAAGAGGAAAAUUUGGUGUAUGUAAGAACAUAAAAAGCCAUUUUGAAAAAACAACCUCUAAAUAUUUUUUCUAUUUGAAAUCUAUAGAUGCAAAUAGAGAUAGUCCAGUGAAAUAAGCAGUUUAGUGUGCAUUUUAGGCAUUUUUCCCCCACUAAUCUGAAAGAUCUCAAAACAUUUUGUAUGAUUCAGGCUAGGUCUUACUCAGAGAUUAGCUAUUAGUAAAUAUGUACAUUUAACUUGCUAAUGAAGUGACCAGUUUACACUAAAGAGGUAAUUUAGAGGUAGUAGUCGACAUGUGGCUGAACAAAAUGCUGUUAAAACUUAUGAAAACUUGAAAGAUUUUAAAUGACAUUUCACAAACAUGCAAAUUACAGUAAAGUGGUCCAGUAGCAUUAGCAGGGUUAGCACAAUCAGGUCUUUCCCACUUUUUAAAAACAGCUUCAACACUACUAAACAAUAAGUUCUUUAUGUAUGCACAUAUAAUUAAAAUGACCAACAUCAACAACUGAUUUUAACAUAUCCAUUGUUGUUGUAGUCUUAUUUUUGGAAGUUACUACAAAGGUUAGGAUGCUAAAGUUACUUUCCAAGCAGCCUAGCUAAGACAUUUUAGCUUUGCAACCCAGUUCAGUAUGUUUUUAGUUUGAAAGUAGUCAGUAAAACUCAUAUUUUUGCAUCUAAAUGUGCUAAAAGCUGGUGCAACCAAUCCAUAAGUCUUGCCGUGUUUCUCAGUUUGCCUCUUUUCCACUAAUAUCUGAAACACUCAUAAAAGAAUCCUUCAUUAGCGGUGUUAGCAUUUAGCAUUCCCACCAGCAUUACCCAUCGGUUGACUGGCAAAAUAACGUGAAGGUAAAUGUAACAUCUGGCUUGGGUAAAAUGGCAAAUUUUACUAGCUAGCUAGCAUUAAUUUGGGUUAGAAAAUGAAGUGAAAAUCCAACAUCCACGACGUCAAAGCUGGUGGAUCACAGAUUAACUGACAGAUUAGAGGACUCUGAGGUUUCUUUAGCUUCCAGUCUUUCUGAAGUGCUGUAACUUUGUGUUUGAUCCGACCUACACUUCUAAACAUUUCAGAAUGAAGGAAGCCACUGAAUUAGCAUAGCAGCUAUUAAGAGUCGAAGCAGAUUAAUACGCUUUAUAUGAUUGUACAACAUUCUGAGCACAUGCAGCUCCACAGUCUUAUGCAAAAGAUGAUUUUCUUUUUUACCUUUUUAAGUGCACUUAAUUCAGAAGAAAUUCCACAGCCUCAAUUAAGAAAAGAGCUGCAACUAAACAUUUCCAGUCAUUCCAUUUCUUUGUUAAUUUUUUGAAGUAAUUCAUCAGUUUAUUGUCUUUAAAUGUCAGAAAAUGGUGAAAAUUGUUAAAUAACAUACUCAAAAUGUCUUUUUUUUUUACUGUCAGGUGAGGAAAGAAACCACAAAGUAUUGAAAUUUAAAAGCUGUAAUCGGAGAAUCUAGACUUUUUUCCCCCAAAAGAUUACUAAAACUUAAAUUUAUUACCAAAAUAAUUGCAGAUUAAUAGCAAACAGCUAAUUGAUUCAUCGUUGCAGCUUUGUUAGAGAAAGAACUAGUUGAUUAGAUCUGCAGUGUUAAUAGCAAAGACAGUUUAACACACUCUUGUUAUGCAUUGUUUCAAGUCUGAUACUUUAAAUCUGAAUUGUGUUCCAGUUGUAAUGUGAUUAGUGCACAUUUCAGAGCAUUAAUAAUAAUAAAAAAGAGACUACACAAGGAAUUGUUAGUAAUAUCACAGAUAAUUAUCCUCAAGUGGCCAAAAAAACUAAACAAAAUCCAAUAUUCCGAAAAGUAGUGCAGAUCUUAAAGAUUCAGAACUACAGAUGAGGAUUAUUUCUUUUUUUUUUUGCUAUUUUCCUGUCUGACAAAGCACUUCAUGUACAGUUUAAUUGAAUUUUGUUGUUUGUUAAACCCGUCCACUGUGUUUUUCAUGUAUUUUGUCCCUCCCAGAGUCAAUCACAUGGUACAUUGUGCUCUUUCUCUCUUUUUUUUCAGUAUUUUUGCUGUGAUCUGACCCAGAAGUUAAAAAGUGUUUGUUUGUGAACUUUCUAACGUGUACUGGAAGCCUAAUCGAGCCAUGUCAGCUGACCUCAGUUGUUCUUUUUUCUUUCUUUCUUUUUUUGUAUUUUGGCCUUCACUUUUCGCUUUGUCACCUUUCUAAUGUGACUUUUUCCGUUUGUUGUUGGUCAUUUUUCUUUGUCCUACUGCUGUUAUCUGUACUGAUAUCUCACCUCCUGGGAGUAAAUUGUAACGUAAAGUGAGGUUUUCACUCUGUCUGCCCAAAAUGUGUCUUUUUUUCCCUAUCAAAUGCACAAUCUGCAGGCUUUAAAGAGUGCAUUUUAAAACAACGUUAGUGUUCUUUACUGAGACAUCAGCUGUAGUCGUCUCAAAAGACAGACUUUGGGUGAAGGAUCUCGUACUUUCUGCAACAUGCGGUAGUUAGUUCAUUGAUUUUUGUCCAGAGCAUAGCAGUUUGAUCUUUUUCGGAAGGAGCUGCGUUAGUCGGCACACGUUCGAUGAAUAAAUAACCAAAAAUCAGUUUGUUUUCCACAGAAUGUCAGCACAUUUGUAAAAGUGUUUUGUGUUUUUAUAUAUCUGUGUGAUUUUAUAUAAAAUGCUGUCGUUCCUAAAUGAAGUAGCCAACUCAACACUGUUACCUGAAAACAGUUGUCUUGUGUUAUUGUGUGUCGAAAGAAAUGAAUGAUAACACUUUGAUUCCUCUACCAUUAACUUUUUUUAAUGUGUUUUUUUUUUUUUUAAACGGUGAGUUGUUUGUGCCAAUAAAGCACUCGAACCUGA